CUCUCCUCUCUCUCUCUCGCUCUCUCAGCUGGUCUGAGGCAUGCCUAUAGCGGACGGUUUGCUUUACCGCAUUCAACAGUGUUUUCCCAAUCGGAGAGGAGUUAGAGCCGUGGAAGUAAAUGGAAAAACUGCAAUGAGGAGGGAAAAAGGGAGACUGGAAACAGUUUGGAACGUUUAUUUACAUUUUUUGGGGGGGCUUUCUGAAACGGAAAACUCUGCAGCGCUUUGGACGAUGCGGACUAAGACAGUUCUGGAGCUUCAAAUGAGAAGAUUUAAACAUCAGAAGCUGUAAAAGACUUUUUCUCACCUCACCUCCGCUCCCCUCCUUUUUUUUUCUAUUCCAGUGGAUUGCUUCCACCCCCCUCCCCCGCCUUCCUUCCCUCCGUCAGGAUUUUUGCCACCACAGAUCAGUAGAGGGUGUCAAAUCUUUCUCAGAGUGGCACGCUGUGGGGAUGAGCACAGCCUUUGCGCUCGCCUUAUUGUGACAAAAAAAAAAAAAAAACGGGGUUGGGGAGGGAAAAGCUAAAACAUAAAGAAUAGGGGGGGAAAAAAACGUUUGACGAAGUGUAAGGGAUGUGAAAGGGGGAUGCGGGUGUUUCGGAUCAGCUGCGCAGGCUGUGAAUUCAGCACCAGAGGGGGGGAGGAGAAAGAGAGGAAAGCGGAGAGAGAGGGGGGGAAAGGACAGAUCCCGACGCCGCAGCGCGCCGCACGACUCCGGGAGAUUUCUUCAGCUUUCCAUCAGCACGCCAAGAGUCAAACUGGACGUCUGGACGCAGCCUGGAUGUGCUCCUCAUCUCCUUCCUAAAUGUCUCCGUCUCCAUCCCCCCCCCCCUCCUCCUCCACCGCCACCUCUCGCUGAUGCAGACUAGAUUCGCAGCUCCUACAUGUCUUGAAAGGCGGGAAUGAAUCGUUCGCGCUGAGAGGAAGAAAAAAAAAACGGAGGGGGAAAAAAUGCUGCUCUGGAUCAUCCUGCUGAAUGCGGCUCUCUGCGUUGCCAGCGGAAAUGUCACCAGGGAGGUUUGCAAGGAGAAGAUCUGCUCCUGCAGCGAGGUGGAGGGCGACCUGCAUGUCGACUGCGAGAAACGGCACUUCAACACGCUGCGGCACCUGACCGGCCCCAGCUCUCACUUCUACCACCUGCUGCUGCACGGCAACUCUUUGUCCAGGCUCUUCCCCAAUGAGUUCGCCAACUUCUACAAUGCCGUGAGCCUGCAUCUGGAGAACAACGGCCUGCAUGACAUCGUGCCCGGUGCCUUCCUGGGACUGCAGUUGGUCAAGAGGCUCCACAUCAGCAACAACAAGAUGCGGUCGUUCAAGAAAAGCACCUUCCUGGGCUUGGAUGACUUGGAGUACCUCCAGGCGGACUUUAAUUUGCUGAGGGACAUCGACCCGGCUGUUUUCAGGGACCUAAACAAACUGGAGGUGUUGAUACUGAAUGACAACCUCAUCAGUGCACUACCUAUAAACGUGUUCCAGCACGUGCCCAUCACGCAUCUUGAUCUGAGGGGGAAUCGGAUCAAGACGUUGCCUUAUGAGGGGAUUCUCGAGCAAAUACCCGGUAUCGCAGAAGUACUGCUAGAGGACAACCCGUGGGACUGUAACUGUGAGCUACUGUCCCUAAAGGAGUGGCUGGAGAACAUACCGCGCAACGCCCUCAUUGGGAGGGUGGUCUGUGAGGCCCCCACCAGGCUGCAGGGCAAUGACCUGAACGAGACCUCGGAGGCAGAGCUGUGUCCAUCACAGAGUGGGGGUGGAGAUAGCAGCCUGGCCGCCCCUCCCACUCAGGAGGAAACCUCUCGCCCCACGCCUUACAAGCCCAGCAGGAAUGGUGGAGGAGGGCCCCCGACGCCUGGAGCAAAUGGCUCCAAGAGCCACUCCAAGUCACGUGAGAACUAUCAGCUAAAAAUAAAGCCCACUCCAGUGAUGGCUGGGGCAGAUGUGAACGGGGACGGCGGCGGAGAGCAGCUGCGCAACGUGACGUGCCCACAGCCAUGCAGCUGCAAGCUGGUGGGCUCCAGACAGGGGCUGGGAGUCAACUGCGAGGGCAAAAAGAUCGAGAGCCUGGCCGGCCUCAAGCCAAAACCUCUGGCCGCCCAUGAGCUGAACAUGAGAGACAACAACAUCCAUGCCGUGAAGAGGAACCAGCUGCUCGGCUAUUCCAGCCUCAACCUGCUGGAUCUUGGUGGGAACAACAUCAAGGUUGUUGACAAUGGCACGUUCCAGAACCAGAGCGAGCUCCGGUGGCUGUACAUGGAUAAGAACUACGUGGAUACGCUGAUGGCGGAGAUGUUUGUGGGCCUCGUGAAUCUGGAAUAUCUCAGUUUGGAAUACAACGACAUCCAGCUGAUAGUGGCGGGCGCGUUCAGUCCCAUGCCGAACCUGAGGGUUCUGUUCCUGAACAACAACCUGCUGAAGGCUCUCCCUGUGGAUGCUUUCCUUGGGAUUUCUUUGUCCAAAAUCAGCCUCCAUAAUAAUUAUUUCCCCUAUCUCCCUGUGACUGGCGUGUUGGACCAGCUCAACUCCAUCAUCCAGAUUGACCUGCAUGGGAACCCAUGGGAUUGCUCAUGCAAUAUUGUGCCCUUCAAGCAGUGGACCGAGAAGCUCGGGGCCGACGUGAUUGUGAGUGAUCUCAAGUGCGAGUCGCCAGAGGAGUUCUGGAAACGGGACUUCCGCUAUGUGCGUAAUGACCUCAUGUGCCCCAAGGUGGGUGACGGAGACGCACCCGCUCCAGUAUCCAAGAAUGGAAGCUAUGCCCAGGACUCUGGUGGCACGCGCUCAAAUUCGUACUUGGAGCCCAACCGGGUGUCCAUUUCGGUGCUUGUGCCCGGGCUGCUACUCGUGUUCGUCACAUCCGCCUUCACGGUGGUGGGGAUGCUCGUGUUCAUCCUGCGGAACCGGAAGCGGUCAAAGCGGCGGGACGGCAACUCGUCUGCGUCGGAGAUCAACUCCUUACAGACGGUGUGCGACUCGUCCUACUGGCACAGUGGGCCAUAUCACGCGGAUGGAGGUGCCCACCGGGGUUUCGACUGCAGCACACACCUCUCAGCUGUGGACGAUGCAUAAAAAAAACAGACUGGAUUACAAACAGUAGACAAAAACUACAAAAAUCUGUUUAGGAUUGGGGACAGACACUUGCUUAUGAACAUACAAGUCAGCCUGAAAGCUGCACAAGCCCCUACUCUGUAAUAUAUGUAUAUGCCAAGCCCCUCUGGCUUACACCCUCCACUCCUUCCUCCCUCCUCCUCCUCUCUGCCGCAAUCGGACUAUGGAUCUGGAGACAGGAGAAAAAAAAGAGGGAGAGAGGGAGGAAAAGGAGCCAGGGAGGGUGUGUGUAUGUAUGAGAAAAGAGAAAGGAACGACCUGGGGAAUGGUGCACGAACGCAUGAAUGUACAUGUAAAUACCCAGACUGAUGUAUCAUAAAAAUGCAUGAUGAUAUUUCCGCAUGGUUUCAACAAGACACACGGCAGCCGAGGAACCAUAACCACCAACCAGGAGGCAAACUCGACCCCCCCCCCUCUCUCAUGUUAUAUACCAACACAAUGGCUAUAUAUAUAGAUAUUAAGAAAUAUAUAUGACUAUUACAAAGUGCCAUUUCUCUAUUUUUUGUGAACCUGCAGUUAGGAUUUGUAUUUGUUGUUUUAAAACUUGUUCUGAGCUGAAAGGGACAAAAAGACAAACAACACCUGGGGGAAGGAGUGAUCAAAGUGAAGCUGUCUGUGCAUGUUCGGUUUUAUUACUGCCAUUUCUGUUACUUAUCAGUUGAUUAUCAGUUAAUAUUUGAGAUUAUUCACACUGUAUGCCAAGUGGCAAAGCCA